UGGGUUCUCACGGAAUCCCUUAACACACGUAGUUCGCCAGGUUUUCCCCCAACACCAAUCCACUCUUCCCCUCCUUUUCUCUCGACUCCCGUCUCCAUGGUCCCCACCCCGGAUUCCCGUGAAAUUUUCCCAAUCCAACACUUAAUUGAGCAACUGGGAUUCCUCACGUGCGGGGUUGAUUUUAGUUUGAACACGUGGCUCAUUCAAAAAAGCCGGAAUAUCCUCUUUUUUUCCUUCCCCCUUCUUCAUAUUGGUUUUAUUCAGAGGCGGGCACGAGCCUUAACGUGUAUGAAUUUCUCUGUCUCUUUGCCAAGGGGUUUGGAGGAAGACAAAAAAGUCGCGUCUCCUCCUUUUUCACUCAGUCAGCUAUCGUUUUGGAGAGACGGAAUAAAUAAUUAAGAUUAUAAUUUGUUUUAUGCGCGAUAUAGAAGUGCGAGUAAGCGCAAACGCGACGUGGUUGCCCGUCAAAUAUAUCUGUGGCUUCAACUACUGGGGGAAGCACGCCACCGCCACUCCGUUGUAGUAAGGCGAUUUUGGCGACUCAAAACACUGCACACCCGAGAGAGCAAAUCACGAUUUCCUUCUGCGUAAAGAUUGUCAAUUUCAGCGCAGAACAUGAAUAAGCUGUACAUUGGAAACGUGAGCGAAGAGGCGAGUGCCGAGGACUUGGAAACUAUCUUUGAGCAGUGGAAGAUUCCGCACAGUAGUCCGUUUCUCGUCAAAACUGGUUAUGCGUUUGUGGAUUGCCCCGAUGAAAAGAUUGCAAUGAUGGCCAUCGACAUUCUUUCAGGUGAGACAAUAAAAAAGGCGUUCGAGCGGUGCUUUAAUUGCGGAAAUGGCUACGGUUUUUCUUUAACCUCUUUUAGAUGGAUGCAUACAUCCAAGCUUGUCUCCUUGCCUCUCACUUGGCCCCUGACACCGUAGAAGAAUCGUCCAUGCCUUUGAUAAAUUCAAAGUGUGAACACGAAUUUAAUCUAGUACAAAAACGUUUGAAGAAACUUGUUACAGAGUGGAUGAAGGAAAAUAACGCCUAUCCAUUGUAGCGUCGUUCAGAGCAAUGGGGCGCACAGGCAGUGGCCGCUCAUUGUAGGCUUGUGUGUGUGUAACAUGGAUCACUUCGAUUAAAUGAACUAAAUGUAACUCUGUUGUAUUGUUACUUUUGUUGCGGCGGUUGAGCUUGCACGCUCUUCGGGGAGUAACAAAGUCGCAAUGGAAGUAUGGCCUAACUUGUUAAAUUAUAGCACACAGUGCAUGUGCCUUAUGCUGACACACCAGGUGGCUUAAUUGUGUAUUGGUUAAAUGUAGGCCAACGAAAUGAAAGACUAAUGCCAAACUACUUUUUCUUUAUAAUUUAGAAACGACAACAAAUGUACGAAAUGCGGGAGAAAAAUUGGCGUUAAGCAGGCGACAGUUGAAAUAAAAAUUACAAUAUUACUAAAUAUCCUCGUAUUGAGCUCAUGUGUCGUAUACUUGUCACGUAUACCAUAUUUAACCUUUUAGAAUAGACAUUCACGUUGGCUGAAACUUAGUGAAAAUAAAGUAAUUUGAAUGGUCAUACAAUUGUGCCACCGAUUGAAAUGAAAGUAAUUUCGUGCAAGGCCUUUUUGGUCAUAAACUAUAGUUGAGGCCUACUUUUGGCUGCCUGGGAGAACAGUUGAAGAGUACUAAACUAAUUGUUUACUAAAAUUGCAUUUAUUCUCCUCACUAUAGGUAAAGUUGAACUACAUGGAAAACUCCUAGAAGUGGAGCACUCGGUCCCUAAACGUCAAAGGUAAAGUCUGAUUAUAAACUCCUGUAUUGUCCAACUGGUCCAUUUACGCUAUAAGGGGCUGCUGCGGUCCUCUGCCAAAUUGUACAUAUCUCCAUGACCCUUUUCUGGAAACAUGUUAUUUUUGUACCGUUAUUUGAUUGAAGUCGUCUGUGUCUUGGAAUCAGUGGGUUUGGGGCGUCAGCAGGAAGUGAAGGGACAGAAUGUCUGUUCAUUUGGGGAAAGCAGAAAUGCAUAGGCUGUAUGGGUGUAGAGGUCGAAUUAUAAGGGCAUGAGGGAUCUCAUACCGUCACGCCUGUGGCGACCUAAAAUAUGCCUUUUAAUUUUUUUCAAUAAUAAUGUACCUUAUUUUAGACACGAUACCUAUCUGUGGAAGUUGUUAGCCUGUAUAGUGCAAAUCUCCAAGUGUUUUACACUAUUCUAUGCAGCAAUAGCAUACUGGGCCUGCUUAAGUGUGUGUACAUAUAUGCGUGUGUGUAAAGGCUUGUGGUGGGGCGUAGGCCCCUCUGAAGUCGUCCAAUUGAGAAGGAUCUGCCCGUGAUUCUCCCUGGCUGCCCCACGCUUCUGUUCGAAUCUACUCGCUCAUUGUGGUGGUGCACGAGAUGGACUCCCAAACGCGAUUGGAAUGGGCGGUUUAGGGCCUAGUCACGGAAAAACCCCGGUCUGCGAAAGACCAUGUAGCUCCGUGUAGGCUACAGUCAACAUGAUUAAACUAUGCUGAGUUAUAGCAUUUAGUCUGAGGCGAUAUUGAUCCUCAUUUACGUGGAAGAGGGACAAAAAAAUGCAACAAUUUGGCGUGGUGUGUAGGAUUUUCCGCCACAUGGAACAAUUUGUUCAUUAAUAAACAUUUCUUGGAUUUUAAUUGCUAUCAUUGAAAUUAGUACUUAUUGUGAGGAUUUGGAGGAAGAGGAUUUAGAGCCAAAAUGCACUUUAAUGUGUUAGAAAUAAAUAGGCAUUUUAAUUAUUUAAAUAAUUUGGGCUAAAAGCAGUGCAUAAAGGUAGGCUACUGCUAUGUUUGUAAGGAAUUAGAAUCAAGCAUGUGAUCACCACGUUUAAAAAUGUAUAUUGAAGUGAAGUUUAACAGAAUUAUGAUUUGUAUAAUUGCCGAUAACACCAUUUAGGCCUACUAAAUCGAAUAAUCGGUUUUAUUGACGUUCUGCACAAAAUGGCGUGAACAUAUUUAAAAUAUAAAAUUAUUAUAGUGGACAUUUAUUUGCAUGCAUUGAAUUGUCGAAGUUAGGGCCUAAAUGAAUUUACGCCAGGGCUUCCCCUGAAUGCAUUUACUGUUUUUAGCUCGCUCAUUAUUGGGAUGGAAUCAUGAACCUAUAAAAAAAAAAAAAGACUAAUCACUGCUUAUUUUGCUGACCUUUCCCCUCCAAAAGUGAUGCUAGUUAUUUUUGGCUAAAUGAUUAGUCUUUGACAUCAGUAGGUUUACAUACACUGGCGAUUGUAGUGGUAGGCCUUUAUAGUGACGUGUAAGCCUGGCGCUUGUUGGCCUCCACCUAUGAAAAAAGAUUAAGUCCCCCUUUUGCCACAGGAAAGGUUAUAGGAGCGACUGGGAACAGUAUCCUGCCCAUUACACACACACACACACACACACACACACACACACACACUGGGGCCCCUCUGCAUUCCAGCCCGCUGAGUGUCAGCUGGAGGCUCGGCCAAUCACCACGACUUAACCUUUGAACUGGUGGGGAGGGGGAAGUGCGCGCAAGGAGGCCGAGGCUCCCAGAGUCCUCCACAGGGUUCUAGGGUGGGACCAUAGACAUUAAAACCAGUAGAUAGUGAUAGCUCUGACGUCAUCCACUUAUUCCUAUGGAGAACUCCCAAUGGCUCAUGAAGCCGGAAGUAUUUGAAUUUGAAGCGCGCCAUAUUGCUGAAUGGCACCCAAAAAUCUUUACGGAUCAUGGUGAAAGUGGCCGUAACUGGCAAAGGAUCAUGGUCAAUGUAGUCAUUUUCAUCCUGCCUGAGAAAGUCAACCUUAAUGUCUAAGGCAGGGGUAUUCAAGUCUUGCCCUACAAGUUCCAGAGCCUGAUGGUUUUCUGUUCUACCUGAUAAUUAAUUGCACCCACCUGGUGUCCCAGGUCUAAAUCAGUCCCUGAUUAGAGCGGAACAAUGGGGGAGAGAGCAGUGGAACUGGCUUCGAGGUCCAGAGUUGAGUUUGAGGGGUCUAUGGCAUGAGAGCACGAGCCUCAUCGUAGCCUGCCGGCCCGUGAUUGUUCUGUCAGCACUUGGGAUGUUUCCCAUUUAUAAAUCAGACCCGUCCUGAAAUUCUGCGCACGAACAAGUAUUAAAACUCCACCUGAAAAACAUCCGUCAUUCACCUUUUAUGGUGACAACGCCCUAAUUUCUGUAUACUUUGGAAGUAUUGGAAUUAGGCAAAGGCAGUUUUCUAAAGAAAAUGGCAAUGGCGAACUUGAUCAAAUGUCUUUGGUGGUUUGAUGGCAGAAUGUUACACUUUUGCAGUGACAUUUGCUGUAGGCCUAGGCUACCUGACAGACGACAAGUUUCUGAAAGACACACACCAUUGCAAAUUGCUGUGGACCUGUAAACGGAUUGUUUGUUAAUGUUUUGUAUUUCCUUUUAUUUAACCUAUAUGCUUCUCUGCCCGCGACUUCUGAAACAAUGUCUACUUAGUGGUAGCCAUACGCUACCAAUGGCACAUGAAGCCGGAAGUAUUUGAAUUUGAAGCGCGCUAUAUUGCUGAAUGCACCAAAAGAUGAACUGUCUGUUCACCUGUUAAAUUCUACUGUUUGUAGUAAACCACGCUCCCUAUCUUAUUCAUAGCGCAAAAUGCUUGAAAAAGUACUUGAAAUAAUAGACUGUCAAAUGGGCCCAAUUAAUUUGUUGUAGGAUACUUUGGGAAUAUGAACCCAUCAAGGCCAGAAAAGGUGAGGAAUUUAUUCUGCAAAGGUUAUGAAAAUAUAUAUUAUGUUUACAAAGAAAAUAUUGCCUACGCAAGAAAUUUAAAAUUACAGUAUUGAGAUGUACAGAAGCAGCCUAUAAUCGUCUGUUCUUCCGUUAAACUGCGCUCCGGACGGACGGCAUAAAGCAAAUGACUUCAAAUAGUUUACUUAUUUACUACUGUGAAGGGUGUCCUAUUAAACGAGAGAUGGGAAGAAUGGUAUUCUAACUUGUAGGCCUGUAGGGUACCUCGUGAGUAUGAAACAUCACAGAAAAGGUGAGGAAUUUAUUCUGCAAUAAUCAUAGAAAUUAUAUAAUUAAUAUAGCCUAGGAAAAUAGAUGCAUAUUUCUAAUUAUUUUAGAUUGCAAAUAUAAAUGAAAUUGAUGUUCUCUCUUCUCACUAACGGCAAACGAUUGCAUCUUGUUAUUAACCUGUUAUUUGUUAUGAACAAACGUGUCCAUCUUAUCCCCCAUUUUAACCAAAUACUAGGCUACUUGCCUGCUUGCAAUGCAAUAGUUCCACCACUAGAAGCUGUGCUUACGCAUGGUCUAAAGUUUGCGGGAAGGUAAAUGCCAACUUUUGCGUGUGAACUAGCGCACGCAUGUUUUGGGUCAUAUUUUGUACGUACACACGGUUUAUAAAUGAGGUCCCAGGGCUUUUGGCACUGCUAUGACCAGCAGAAAUUGUGACUUCACGCUCCAGACCAGACACUGGGGGGUCCUGGUUGGGAUGGGCACAUCGAGGUGUGCAUGUGGCGAGAGGGGUGCAGAUUGUUGGGGACGGGUGGGGGCUUUGUAUUGGUGCAAGUGUGCCAUUUGCCUUAGUCCUACUCAAACGACAUUUUCCAUAUUCAUUGGUUAAUCUUUGGCCUAUGUACUGUAAUCACUGUAGCUUGAUCAUGUGGGGUUACAAGAGUUGAAAAUGUAAUAAUGCAAGAAGUUAAGGUUAUUCUUGGGCCAGCGGCCUGCCAGAGAACUACUUAUAGUUCGCUCACUAAUUACUUUUAUUUCAUAUUGAUGUUUAACUCUCAUGCCUUAUUAUCUGCACUAGUGAGUGGUUGUAGGACACACAUAGACCCCUAUAACAUUUUACACUGUGACCUGAUUUUAAAGCUAUAUUCAUUAGUUUAUGAGUAAAAAAAAGUAUUCCCAUCCCCAUCUGUUUAUAAAAUGAAAAUGGCAUGAUUUGAGAGGUGGCCCGUGUGUGUCGGGUCGAUCAGGCAGGUCGAGGGGCGAGUAGGAAGCUGCUGUGUAAGUGUUCACUUGAUGAAUCAGUGUUACUGAAUGUCAGUAAUGAUCCACCAAAAUUCCACAACUCGUAGCAGUCUGACUUGUGAAGAUGGUACAACUUGAAUCUAGUUUAGUAUUAGUCUUGGACCAUUUUUAUAUAUUUUUUUUAUACCAGAACAAAUCUGAAGUUGUAUUGACACAGUAACUUUCUCACACGUUCUAAAACCGCAGAUGUAGAUAAAAUAUUACCAAUAUUCUCAUCAAAUGGCGAGGGGGUAGGUCAUGAAAUCCUAACCAUCGUCAUUUAAACAAAAAAUACACCCAUUGCUCUAUUCCUUUAAUUAACAGACAAAAAAAAUCCCAAGUCAUAAAAGCAAAGCCCACUUCCAUGGCCAUUCUAACCCAGUAACUGUGGCUUUGUGAGGAGUAGUAGUUCCCAGCUCUUAUUAAAUAAUUUGGGGUCAGGGGGUCACUGUGGGGCCCAUCCUGCAAAGAAGGGAUUUUGGACGGAAGCUCGGGGGUGCCCGAAAUUCUCUAUGUCCCCUUGUCCCAUCUAGCUAGCGGGACUAGAGGUCCCUAAACUCGCUCAUGCUUAUCAUGGAGCGAGAGACACUGAUCGUGUGGACUUUCAUGCUAGAGAACCAUUGCAUACCAUGCUGCAGGGAAAGUAACGUUUUUAGCUAUUUACGUAAAUCAUCAACAGAUGUCAUUUUAAAAUGUUCAAAUUCUUGCUCAAACCAAUUUAGCAAAUUUUUUGCUAUCAACUUUUGCAUUUUUUUGCUGUAGAAUGGACACUUUUGUGUAAAGUGGAAGGGCCUAUAUAAGAGUGCAGCGGAAAGUGAGCAGUUUUGAGUUCAGUCAUUCAGAACGCCUGUAUACUGAAUAGUCAAUGAGUGUGGAUGGAUGGGCGUUGAGCAUGGUAUUGGAUGGAUGGAUGGGGGGGGGGUGUAGUUACAUGGAUGAGCAUGGUAGUGAGAAACUGGGAUGGAUGUGGUGCAGUCAUGUUGCUCGACAUGGGAUUUCUCCUAUGGGCUAUACACACACUACGGCGACACAGGCCCUAGGUCUCAGCUGGGCCAUGGUCUGUCGGAGGGAGGCGGGGCUCUUGAAUGUGUAGAAUGUUGAGUUUAAAAGUAAAUAAGGUUUCAUCACAUGACAACUCGGCCCUCACGGUCCCCCCACCCCUCCAUGUUUCUGUCAGUGGACUUUGUGUCCAUGGCAACGGGAGCCCCUCCCCCACAGGGCAGAGAGGGCCCUUGUUACCCCCCUUUUCCAAAAUCAAAGGCUGGGACUGGGGAAUGCACGUCCCCAUACGCCGGCUGGCUCCGUCUGUGUGUGGAGCUAUAGGUUAAUCUGGCUGGAAGUGCUUGGCGCAUUUGUACAUUUUGCACAGUUCCCACUGCAAUGCAGAGCAACGCACACACGGAAAAAGGGGGCCGGAUCAGCCAGGAAAGGCACAGUAGACCGGAAAGGGCCAGAAUUUCUCUCGGAAGCUUGUUGGGAUUAUUAUUAUUUUAUUUUUUUCCAAUUCGCCAUUUAGAAUGUAUUAUCUUUAUGGUCCAAAUAAAUGAAUAUAAUUCAUUUGAGGCCCUGUUGGCGUGACCAUGCUGAAAGGUCCUCCAGAUUGAGUGUGUGUGUUAAAGAAUAUGUAAAUGUUUUUGUUGUAUGGUAUGUAGGGGGUGGAAAUAAAUACAUUAAUAAUAACGGUAAAUGGCAUUGAACUUUCCCCUACUAGGUUUUCACUGUGGCCUAGUCCUGCAUGUACAGUUGAAGUCGGAAGUGUACAUGCACCUUAGCCAAAUACAUUUAAACUCAGUUUUUCACAAUUCCUGACAUUUAAUCCUAGUAAAAAUUCCCUGUCUUAGGUCAGUUAGGAUCACCACUUUAUUUUAAGAAUGUGAAAUGUCAGAAUAAUAGUAGAGAAUGAUUUAUUUCAGCUUUUAUUUCUUUCAUCACAUUCCCAGUGGGUCAGAAGUUUACAUACACUCAAUUAGUAUUUGGUAGGAUUGCCUUUAAAUUGUUUAACUUGGGUCAAACGUUUCGGGUAGCCUUCCACAAGCUUCCCACAAUAAGUUGGGUGAAUGUUGGCCCAUUCCUCCUGACAGAGCUGGUGUAACUGAGUCAGGUUUGUAGGCCUCCUUGCUCGCACACGCUUUUUUAGUUCUGCCCACACAUUUUCUAUAGGAUUGAGGACAGGGCUUUGUGAUGGCCACUCGAAUACCUUGACUUUGUUGUUCUUAAGCCAUUUUGCCACAACUUUGGAAGUAUGCUUGGGGUCAUUAUCCAUUUGGAAGACCCAUUUGCGACCAAGCUUUAACUUCCUGACUGAUGUCUUGAGAUGUUGCUUCAAUAUAUCCACAUAAUUGUCCUUCCUCAUGAUGCCAUCUAUUUUCUGAAGUGCACCAGUCCCUCCUGCAGCAAAGCACCCCCACAGCAUGAUGCUGCCACCCCCGUGCUUCACGGUUGGGAUGGUGUUCUUCGGCUUGCAAGCAUCCCCCUUUCUCCUCCAAACAUAACGAUGGUCAUUAAGGCCAAACAGUUCUAUUUUUGUUUCAUCAGACCAGAGGACAUUUCUCAAAAAAGAACGAUCUUUGUCCCCAUGUGCAGUUGCAAACCGUAGUCUGGCUUUUUUAUGGCGGUUUUGGAGCAGUGGCUUCUUCCUUGCUGAGCGGCCUUUCAGGUUAUGUCGAUAUAGGACUUGUUUUACUGUGGAUAUAGAUACUUUUGUACCUGUUUCCUCCAGCAUCUUCACAAGGUCCUUUUGCUGCUGUUCUGGGAUUGAUUUGCACUUUUCGCACCAAAGUAUGUUCAUCUCUAGGAGACGGAACGCGUCUCCUUCCUGAGCGGUAUGACGGCUGCAUGGUCCCAUGGUGUUUAUACUUGCAUAUUAUUGUUUGUACAGAUGAACAUGGUACCUUCAGGCAUUUGGAAAUUGCUCCCAAGGAUGAACCAGACUUGUGGAGGUCUAUUUGGCUUUUCUUUUGAUUUUCCCAUGAUGUCAAGCAAAGAGGCACUGUGUUUGAAGGUAGGCUUUGAAAUACAUCCACAGGGACACCUCCAAUUGACUCAAAUGAUGUCAAUUAGCCUAUCAGAAGCUUCUAAAGCCAUGACAUCAUUUUCUGGAAUUUUCCAAGCUGUUUAAAGGCACAGUCAACUUAGUGUAUGUAAACUUCUGACCCACUGGAAUUGUGAUACAGUGAAUUAUAAGUAAACAAUUGUUGGAAAAAUUACUUGUCAUGCACAAAGAUGUCCUAACCGACUUGCCAAAAGUAUAGUUUGUUAACAAGACAUUUGUGUAGUGGUUGAAAAACAGGUUUUAAUGACUCCAACCUAAGUGUAUGUAAACUUCCGACUUCAACUGUAUGUAAGCCCACAAACCUUCUAGCCUGCAGAUGUGGAUUUCUGUGUAUCACAUUUUUAAGUAUGCUCCAAUGUAAAACGUGUUUACUCUGGGUCAUGUGUACAUAAUGAACAGUGUGAGCUGGGCCCGUGUGGGUGGUGGGCUGAGAAACAUAUUUAAGGCUACCAACCAGCCUUUUCAUAAAAACGAACACUUGACUAAUUCGUUGACUUGCAUAGUUUAAAAUGGUUGAGUAGGAAAGCAUGUUUUCAAUUUGAACACAAUCGUAUUUCGAUUGUAUAGUCUAUUGGACUUCUCUACUCUUAAACUUUAAGUCAGUGAAGAACAGGAGGGUGAUAUGCACACCCUGAACUUGAGAAAUAAAUAAUGCUAAUGAAGAAUUGAGAGGCACACGGAAUAUUACUGCUCCACAAAGCUUUAGUCCUGACCCACAAAAUACAAUGUUAACAAUGUCAUUUUUGUCAGGUGUCAAAGGGUCUUUUGACAUUUCAUGUUAACAACGCUGAAGUCUUAAUUACCAGGUCAAACCUGUGCUUUUAGCCAAUUAUAUGGAUUUUUUUUUUCUGGUCCUAGUGGAAGGAGUUCGUUGUGUUUUGUGGUGUAGCUUAUGUCUUGUCAAGAUGUCUGUGGGAGAAGUUUCCAGUAAGAUUGUAGCGGUUAGGAGUGUUUUGUGGGUGUGGAACUGAGUAGGGGUCACAGUUUGCGCUGGAACUCCCAGCUGCAUGUACACAGUGUUCCUUUAGUGCGUGUGAGAACAGGUGUUGGACUUUAGAACAGCCUGGACACUUUUCCCACGUUUAUAUUAUCUCCCUGGUCUAAACUAUCACUUUUUUUAUUAAACAUGUCACAAUUACAAUUUACAUUGUACAUUUUAGUCAUUUAGCAGACACUUAUCCAGAGCGACUUACAGUAGUGAGUGCAUACUUUUUUCCAAUACUGAUUCCCCGUGGGAAUCGAACCCACAACCCUGGCGUUGCAUGCGCCAUGCUCUACCAACUGAGCCACACGGGACCCGUCUGGAAGUGUGUAUAUCCACAACUCCAACCAAGCAUCUUUAUGACCUCUAAAGUAUUUGGGUCCUUGGUGUUAACAAUGUUUUCAUUGUGGAACCAAAAGUUUGAAAAACAGGGCAUUCUGAAUACUGAACCAGAGUUGUACAGUAAUUUGUAGGAUAGUCUGUUCUGCACUGCUGUGCUCCUGUUGACUGCGAUGUGAGCGCUCCUUCCGUUCUGAAUCCCCGUCUGUUCUCUCUGCUCUGACACAGCUAGUGGAGGUUCCCUCUUUCCUGGGCUUGGCAUCCCUCCCUUUUCUGCGCUCCUUCCCUCCCUCUCCUCCUCUACGCUCUCCUCUGUCUUCUUCCUUUCUGUCCGUCCUUCUCCCAUCCACCUUUCUCUCUCCUUUCUGCUCCAUGCCAUUCCUCCCCUCCUUUGUCUCUUCCUUUUUCCUUCACCCUCUCCUCUCCCUACCUCUCAUUGCCAUGCACUCCUCUCUCCCUACCUCUCCUUGCCAUGCACUCCUCUCUCCCUCUCCUCUCUCCCUCUCCUCUCCCUACCUCUCCUUGCCAUGCACUCCUCUCUCCCUCUCCCUCUCCUCUCCUUGCCAUGCACUCCUCUCUCCCUCUCCUCUCCUUGCCAUGCACUCCUCUCUCCCUCUCCUCUCCUUGACAUGCACUCCUCUCUCCCUCUCCUUGACAUGCACUCCUCUCUCCCUCUCCUUGCCAUGCACUCCUCUCUCCCUCUCCUCUCCUUGCCAUGAACUCCUCUCUCCCUCUCCUUGCCAUGCACUCCUCUCUCCCUCUCCUCUCCUUGCCAUGCACUCCUCUCUCCCUCUCCUCUCCUUGCCAUGCACUCCUCUCUCCCUCUCCUCUCCUUGCCAUGCACUCCUCUCUCCCUCUCCUCUCCUUGCCAUGCACUCCUCUCUCCCUCCCGAUGCUUCUCAUUAUCAGCUGGUUUGAACAGUUUCUCCACACGGUCAAGCUACCAGACCAACAAUGCAACAGCCUCUCACCUUCCUCCUCUCCCAUCCAUUCAUCCCUCCUCCGGUGCAGACCCGCUGGGCUUGGGAGUGGUAUUAAAACAUUAGUCAUGUCCACAGCUUGUGCACCUCUCCUCUCUUAGAGCACAGAAUGAUUUGAAGGAGGCACCUACUAGCUUGCUGGUGUUUUUAAUUUUGUAUUUAAAAAAAAAAAGGGUCAAUUUGUCCUUUAGCCCAACCAACCCCUGACGCUGACUGACUCUCCCCUCUCUACCCCUCUCUUUCCUGUAGGAGCUGUAAGCUGCAGAUCAGGAACAUCCCGCCUCAUCUGCAGUGGGAGGUAAGUGUUAAUUGGUAAAGCUUUGGAUCUAUCGAUCGAUACUGGGUCCUUUUCAAUGGGAACAAACAUUUAAAAAAUGCUUUGAAACAGGAAGUGAAAGUAAGCCUUUUUAUUGGGUGUAAAGGAGUCCACUGAAGAAGUUCGUUGCCAUCUUUGCGUCCUGUUUUGGAUCCACUCAUUAGUUCUUUAGAACAGAGGCUGAUAUUCCAGGUCGCCAUUUUCUUCUGGCUGUCUCGUUAUGGUACUUUUACAGUUAGGCUUGCGCCUCAAAUGGCACCCUAUUUUUAUAGUGCACUACUUUUAACCAGGGCCCAUAGGGUGCCAUUUGGUACUUAGUUUACCUUUUUUGUAGUACAGGUAGUAAUUUAGCAGUGGAUUUUGUCGUACUAUUUUGGCCAGAACUCGAUAAGGAGGUAAGUGAGUACUAGCAUAAAGCAAGCAUAGGACAGUCUUUUUAAAGCUAUUGUUGGUGGUUUUAUUAUUUUAUUUAACUAGGCAAACAUUAUUGGGCACAGAAUGGUAAUGGCAGUAUCAGAAUAAAGGUGAUGAGCAUAUUUCAAAUGUGCCUACAUUAACUCAUCUGUUUCAUUGCUGCAGACUUGUUGGUAGUCGUGCUCAUGCCGUGUGUGUAAUCAAUGGAACUGUGAUAAUCGGUGUAACGCCAGAGGAUUGCCUUUUAGGCGAGUGACCUAGUGAACUACAGGUGUACAAUAAGGUGUAUUGUGCAACAUGAGUGUGACACACAAAUGGUGUGUGUGCGUGCCCCCGGCCUGAGAGAGAUCACACACCUCGCUCAUGCAGACAUGGUCACAUCUCUUGUUAUUUCUACACACCAUCUACUCCCAUUCAUUCUCAAUGUAUCAAUUGGAUAUUGACCUGCAGUAGUGCCUUCAGAAAUUGGAUUUAUAGUAGCUGUGAAUUGUCCAGUUUGCCUGGUGAGAAGCAGACGCAUUCUUAGUAGGCUUGGGAGAUAAACCGUAUACCAGGGUAUUUCGAAAUACAGAUGGUAUAAUUUUCCCCGUAGCAGGGGUGCGUGCUAUGCAUUAGGUUUGCUAACUUGCUAGCUAAGUGCCUAGAUGUCAAGAUCAAGCUUCUUGGUUACAGCAGAGACAUUCAAUCCCCUCCUGUAUCAAGAUCCUUGGUGUCUAAAUUGUUUUGUGCGUCAAAAACAGUGUACCAAAAACAUUUUUUGGUUUAAAAAAUUUUUAUAGCGCCCCUUGUGUGCACUUCUGGUAAUACAGUAUACCCCAGUAUGGUACGAACAGUAUGACAAUCUGGAUAACGCCCAACCCUAAAGCUUCGUGAGUCAUCGCCGGUAUUGCCACAGGUUGCUCAUUUAGUUCCACUUGUCUGUAAAAAAUGUUAUCAUUGAUCCUUUCUGCUCGCAAUCUAAAUAAGAGAAUGGAGUGGGUCUGUAUCACAGGAAACCUCUAUAAUAAAUAAUAUAAUAUGCCAUUUAGCAGACGCUUUUAUCCAAAGCGACUUAGUCAUGCGUGCAUACAUUUUUUAGUUUUUGUGUAUGGGUGGUCCCGGGGAUCGAACCCACUACCUUGGCGUUACAAGCGCCGUGCUCUACCAGCUGAGCUACAGAGGACUACUUUAGCAAAGGGCUGUUUCAUGUCUCAUUUUGACCAAAUAGAAUACAGUUAACGGACAACGUUUUCUCUUCCAUUCUAAACUCGUAGUGCAUAGGCCAAAGUAUGACUGAUUCGAGUUUCUCCACCUUUGACCAAACUGUUCUAAAUGGACACAAAGCAUUUUACACUGGUGGUCUUGUGCUGUGUAAAUGGGUGGUAGCAUAUAGCAUUUUGACCAGGGUUUGAAUGGGGGAGGGAGGGGGCACUGAACACAGAAGUCUUUGACGUAAAGGAGACCUUGUAUCUUAUCAGGGAGAUAACAUGGUGCCUCAGCACACAGCCAUGCAGGCAGAGAGCUGGCUUGUUCGCUAGGCUAACUCGCAGUGGGUGAGUGGGCCUGCUCUAUGUUGCCUCCAUGUGCUAUGGACAGACACUCACAGAAUGUGUAGCAUUACUCCUGUCCCACCCCUCCCCCAACCCAACCACCGCUUCCUGCAGGAAUGCACUCCACCCUUUCCUGAAUGGCCUGGAUUCUCAUUGGCUGAGCCCUGGAGACGGGCAGACGUGGCAGCCAGUGAACAUGGAGCUGCUCCUCGCCACAAGGAAUGUCUGAUCAGUGCUGGGAACAGCCAAUGGGAGGGCUUUGAGAUGGUUCAGGGGCGGGAGGGAAGGGGAUUGGUGGGUUGGGAGAAAGAGGGCUGGGAGGGAAGCUGAUUGGUCAGAAAUGGGGGUUGAGUGCUCGUGGGUGUGGCUUUCAGUAAGCCUGGGCAUGUUUGUAGGUCCUCUGCCUGUAGGUUGCGUUUGGACUCCUGUCCCUCGCUCUCUCUCCCACCUUCUCACCCCCCCCCCCCCCCCCCCCCCCCCCCCCCCGACUCUUUCUCUAAGGAGUGAAUAAAGAUCAGUUCAGCUUGAUAAUGUGGGAAAAUUAAAUUUAAUGAACACAAUUUUGAAAGAUCUCUCUCCUGUUCAACAAUGUAAUUGAAUGGUGUGAUUCACCAGUAGGAAGACCUUACGUAUCACGCGUCUCAGGAGGAGUGCUGAUCUAAGAUCAUGUCCCCUCUGUCCAUGUCAUCACAUUCAUUCUGAUCUAAAAGGCAGAUUUUUAUUUUGUUUGUCAUUUAGCUGGCGCUCUUAUCCAGAGCGACUUACAUGAGCAAUUAGGGUUAAGUGCCUUGCUCAAGGGCACAUCGACAGAUUUUUCACCUAGUUGGCUCGGGGAUUAGAACCAGCGACCUUUCGGUUACUGGCACAACGCUCUUAACCAUUAAGCUACCUGCCGCCCUGCUAGAAAUUAUCCUAGAUCAGCACUUCUACUCCGAGAUGCUUGAUACAUACAGCCUGGUUGAUGGGUGGUAUUGAAGGGCCAGUUAGUUGGGUCACAGGGCUGAUUACAACUUAGGGUAUAUCACAAAUCUAGCUAGAUGUACUCAGGCUUAUCUGAAAUGAGCUAGCUUCAGUUAGCUUCACAUUCCAGCUCAGGCUUCAUCAAUGUUACGAAGGUAGAUAUUGAUCGCGCACCCGCCGCUUACUGGAGCCUGCUCGAGCCGGGCUUGCAACUGCGCGUUAAUGUUGCACAUGGCUAGUCAAACGCUGAACUCUUCAUUGAGAAUAUGUUGAAACAUCAAUCCAUGGGCGUGUCAGUGCCAUGUCUUCAACUCACAGCUCAAACACUUCAUUCAGGAUAACUGGAGUUUAACCCUGAGUUGGCCUGCCACGGAGCAGGUUAGUUCUGGAGGAUUCGUUGCCAUAGAAAUUUACCUGGCUAAAAGGUGAGCCACUUUGAUGGUACCGGUUAUCCUGAGUUGAACUCGGUUACCUCACUAAUUCCACAAACCAGAUUCGUAGUAUAGGGCUCUGGCGUAAUCCACAUACUGAUGAAUAUGUUAACUUUAAGUGGCUUAACUGUAAAUUCUUCUUAUUGUGAUGGGCCCAUGGGCUUGUCAUUGGGAUGUGGCCAUGGUGUGUUAGGGUGAAGUUGCCCAUAGACUCUUCGGUCAGUUUUGCAUUUCACCUCACUAAUAGUUAAGGUUAGGAUUGGGGGGAGGAUAAUCUGUUCCUGAUCACCUGCAGGGUGUUGACAAACGUUGGCGAUUCAACAUGUAUAAUCUUACAGAAUUGAACUGAAAUUGCUCUGCUGUUUCCUGUUUGACACUGAAAUAUACGGCCCUGUGAUAGACUAGCGUCUUGUCCAGGGUCCUGUCCUGUCUACUGGGACAUCAAGCUGCCUCAUGCUACAGAAACAGGAGAUGGACACCUGUCCUAUGGGCUGUUCUGGCUCGGACAAGGCUUACUUUUUAUUUUAUUUAUUUAUUUCACCUUUAUUUAACCAGGUAAGCCAGUUGAGAACAAGUUCUAAUUUACAACUGCGACCUGGCCAAGAUAAAGCAAAGCAGUGCGAUUUUAAAAACAACAAACACAGUUACAUAUGGAAUGAACAAAACAUACAGUCAAUAACAUAAUAGAAAAUCUAUAUACAGUAUGUGCAAAUAUAGUAAGUUAUGGAGGUAAAGCAAUAAAUAGGCCAUAGUGCAAAAUAAUUACAAUUUAGUAUUAACACUGGAGUGAUAGAUGUGCAGAAGAUGAUAUGCAAAUAGUGAUACUGGGGUGCAAAAUAAAUAAUGUAAAUAACAAUAUGGGGAUGAGGUAGUUGGGUGGGCUAAUUACAGAUGGGCUGUGUACAGGUGCAGUGAUCAGUAAGCUGCUCUGACAACUGAUGCUUAAAGAUAGUGAGGGAGAUAAGUGUCUCCAGCUUCAGAGAUUCUUGCAGUUCGUUCCAGUCAUUUGCAGCAGAGAACUAGAAGGAAUGGCGGCCAAAGGAGGUGUUGGCUUUUACUUACUGAACUGUACUCACAAGCCAGUUUGGGUCUCCAUGAUAGUGAGACACCAAUAUCUUUUUCACACUAACUCCUCUGGUCUGGUUCUAAUCACACACUCUCCCCUGUGGUUCUGACUCAGGUUCUGGAUGGCAUGUUGGCCCAGUAUGGCACAGUGGAGAACUGCGAGCAAGGUACGCGUGCACAUACAGGUGUAUAUACAUACACACACUCCUUAGCAUUUGUUUCUUCUGUAUCUGCUGUUUCUAGUAGGUAUUUGUUCAAGUCUGUGACUGUUCAGUUGAAGUGCAUGUUGAGUGUAUAAACUUGUAUUGCCCUAUGUGCGUUUGUGGGUGUUAAGUCUAUGCUCUUGCUCUCAUGCGCUCGCUCGCGCUCUCUCUCUCUCUUCACAGUAAAUACAGACACAGACACCGCAGUGGUCAACGUCCGAUACGGUGCCAAGGACCAGGCCAGACAGUAA